AUGGGUAUUCAAUGUCUUAUCCAAGUUCUUAAGUCAAUACACACGAAUAUUUCAAUUGCUAAAUAUGCUGGGAGAGCCGUGGGUGUAGAUGCGUACUGUUGGCUUCACAAGGGGAUUCACACGUGUAUAACCGAGCUAGCUAUGAACAAGCCAACUACAAAAUAUGUAGAUUAUUGUAUGAGACGCGUGCAUAUGAUGAAACAAUACAACGUACGUCCUCUCAUCGUUUUUGAUGGUGGGUUUUUACCGGCCAAAAGUAUUACUGAAUCUAUUCGAGAAAAAAAACGUAAAGAAUAUCGCGUGAAAGGACAAGCACUUUAUAAGAAAGGUCAAAUUCAUGAAGCCAUGACAUUUUUAGAGAAAAGCAUUGACAUUACACCUGAGAUGGCAUAUAAAUUCAUUCAAGCUUUACGAGAUGAAAAUGUAGAAUACGUUGUUGCACCUUAUGAGGCCGACGCCCAGUUAGCAUAUCUUGAGAAAGAAAAAAAGAUUGCUGCUAUAAUUACAGAAGAUUCCGAUUUACUUGUAUUUGGCUGCAAAACCGUUAUUUAUAAGAUGGAUUCUAACGGAAAUGGUAUAGAAAUUUCUCGUGAUAAAUUUGGUCAAGUGCAGGAAAUAAACUUGCUUGGUUGGACCGACAAGCAAUUUCGACAUAUGGCAAUGUUAUCAGGUUGCGAUUAUUUGCCGUCAAUUUUUGGUAUAGGACUAAAAUCUGCGUACAAAUAUGUGAGAAAAUAUAAAACCGCUGAAAAGAUAAUAAAAUUGUUGUUGAUGGAUGGUAAAAUAGAGGUUCCACUAGAUUAUUUAUACAAUUUCAGGCGCGCGGAAUUGGCAUUUUUAUACCAGCGCGUAUUUGACAUCGAUACAAAGUGUUUAGUCACAUUAAAUCCUAUCCCUGAAGAUUUGGAUAUCAACCCUGAUACCAACUUCAUUGGACCUGAUCUUGAUUCAGACAUUGCUCUUGGUAUCGCAAUUGGUGAACUUAACCCAUUUACUAAAGAACCAAUCAUAAAUACUUUGAUGACAAAAUUAGUAGUUCAAAAUGGAAUAUCAUGUUUCAAGCAAAGUCAAGAUCAAAAACUAUACGUUGCAGUAAAGUAG